AUGGACAGCAAGAAACGCAAGCGUGAGGCGGACCCCGCGCUCGUCGUGUUCAACGUGCCCGACCGGCCGGGCUUUGCGAGGCUGCUCGUGGAAGGCAAGCUGCAAUCGCUCUGCUUCCUCUUCGUGUACGAGACGCUGGAGCAAUUGAAGAUGGUGGUGAGGAAAAAGCUCGGUGUUGAGAAACACGCGUCGGUGAAGCUGGAAUGGCUUAGGGACGGCAGGGCGAUCGCUCUCUCCGACAAGGAUGACAUGUCGGCGUUUCAUGUGUUUGCGAAGUCGACGCCUUCGGUGGACGUUAACGUUUCUCUGCAUGCCGAGGAGAUGCCCCCUCCGCCUGUACCUGUUUCUGCCUCCGCUCGCCAUCGGACGAAGGAGCCGGUCCCGGAUCCAUCGAACAGCUUUGCGAAGGAUCUCGCACGCACCAUCAACUCGUCCCUUCAAAGAGACGACGCUGGGCCUAAGCCUAAAAAGCGCAAGACCUCUCUUGGACCCGUGCAGGGCAAGGCAUCCGUUGAAGCACCCCAGGCGCGCCCAAGGUUGGUUCCCCACGACGUAGAGUCACGAGAGUCCUCCGUCAUCCCGGACGAGAUGAUCUCCUAUGCGCUCGCACUCGUGAAUCCGGCCUCAUCCUCGUCUGAGCCGGCUUUCAAGCCCAAGAAGCCUAAAAAAUUAGCGAGUAAUGAGUCCAAGGAGUCGAUCUUGGCUCGCUCUGCUGAAAGUCGACGCGGCGGUACUGCGCCGUCGUCCGCUGCUAAGUUCGUUGGUGAUGAUGGGACCAAUGGAGUUCCGGUCAACAACAAGAAGGCGGCAAAGAAAGACAAGAAGGCGAAACUCUCACCUGCUGGUCAAGAUUCGGAUUCUCGACGGAACGUGAGCGAAUCGUUAACAAGCGCUCUCGCUGGCCCGUCGAGGUCAGCUGCCGGGUUCCUACCCUCUGCAGAGAGCGACAAGCAGGAUGCGGAGGGGAAAAAGAAAGCCCUGUCCAAAGAUGGCCAUCUAGACAACAUCUCCGCGACACUCACUGAAACAUCCAAACACAAGAAAAGGAGACGCAAAAGGACUUCGUCGGUCGCUCCUACUCCGGAUCGGGAGACGGCCCCAGCUGUCAUCCCUGCUUUUGCGUCGGUGCCGACAGCGCCUCCUGCCAAUGAUACCCCGCAGGCAAACACGCUUACCAGGAAGGAUAAGACGGAGCAGAAGCGCCAAAAGAAGGAGCGGAAGCUCCGACAGCCAACACUCCCGCUCGACGCACCUGCCAGGGUUGCUACCACCCCCACCGAUGAUGCUGCGCCACCGUCAAGCACAGGUAACAAAAGAAACAUUGAAAGGGCUACUCUUCGGGAGGGGGCUCCAGCGUCAUCAGAAUCUCGGAAGCGCCGUAAGGUCGACGCCAACAUCGAGAGAGACGAUGGGAGCUGCGAGGGCGCAGCUGUGCAUCGCGGCAAGAAGAAGCAGAUAGGUGAUGCAACCAUUGUCCCCAGUACACCUCAGAUCGACCUGGUUGAAGCGAUCAACGCAGCAAAUCGCAGUCCGUAUCUUCCAGCAGCGUUGCCUGCAGGCUCUGCUCACAUCGGAGUAGAGAACAAACCGAAGGACAAGGAGGGGCACACAGUCCGUUCUCAGGACAGCGACUUCGCAGACGACGCUCGGAAGGCUACAGACGCGGCGCCUCCGUUCAAGGCUCAGACACAGACCUCUUCCCAGACAGUGAAAGCGAACCCCAUUCAACCUCAGAAGCCUCCAACGCUCCAGGAAAAGGUGGAAAAGGUCAAGGAGCAGAGGCACAGCACACAAGAGGACAGACGCAUAUCGACAGGUUCCAGCACAUCGGACGAACAUGAUCUCCCUUCAAUCUCCGCUGCUGCGAGCACAGCAUCCUCCCGGGCACCUACCAUUCCAUCGCGGUUGAAGAUACAGGAAGUCGCCGUUGAAACCCAGGACGAAGGAAGCUCUAACGAGAGCUCGGAUGACGACGAACCUACAGUGGGCGUCAUUGAACGCUCCCGUGCACCAAUUCUAGACGAUGACGAAGACCCUGCCCUUCGUGCUAUCAUCAGGGGCCCUGGGUUGCAUGUGGAUCAUAGCGUUCUGGACGACCUCCCUUCGGAUGAUGAGGAGGGCAACGAAGAUGAUGAGGACGGCUUGCUAGAGGAUGCGGGUGUCCAUUCUGACGAGGAGGAUGAGGACCCAAAGCUUGCCCGCACUGCUACCCGGUAUCCGGGCACUAGGAUGACUUCCGUCGCACCAAGCGAAGAGAGUUCAGCCGAUUCGGAGCAGAUCACCGGCCAUGUGAAGCAUUUUGUGCCGACUGUUGUAGUGGACAGUGCCAGAAAUCAUGCUCCCGGCGAACCUGUUGAUGCUGAGAUGGCAGACGCAAUCCUUGAGAAACCGGCAUCUGAACCAGUGGUCAAUAGCAUUGCCGACGCGAACUCAUCUUCGCCACUUGCAGGGGUGUCUGCUGCCGAACCGGCAGUGCCCUCGUUCGGGGCAAUAGGCGCCUCUAGCGACGACACCUUUCAUCCUGCACCGAGCAGUCGUGCACAGACAGUGGAGGACUCGGAAUCAGGGAGACCCGACAAGCACUCCAGGUUCAUCGAGAAGAACCUGGAGGACACGCUUAACGGGACUAUCACGGCUCGUAAACCAGCGGUUAGGGGCAAACCUGGUCCGACCUCUCCUACAUCCAGUCCAGCACCCGCAGCACCGCAAGCGUCGGAAAUCGUACCGCAAACGAGUCCGUCACAAUCUCGCGAAGGCACGCCUCCAGCGUGGGCAGGCAUCCUGGUUCCUGGAUCGGACUCGCCGCGAUCUUCCCAUCAGAACGUAGAGGACCUCCUGGAUCCAAUUGAACCUUCGGAAGAUCUGUUUGAUGCCAAUGUGGACGAUAAAGUAGACCCCAUCGAAUCAGCCCCGACACAGCCGCAAGUGCAGCUUUCCUCGCCCCCGCGAACGCCCAAGCACGGGACGUCUAAACGAAUGAAAGAUCGGCACGGCAAUGCCUCGCAGAAGUCUGAUACCCCAGGACUGACGACGCUGUCCGAGCUGCAGUCGAAGCUCAGUGACGCCAUGGCCGCCACUACCUCCCCGAAGAACGGCAUGCGCCCGCUUUCUUCCCUGCCGCCGCCCGUCCUCCUGCCGGCGGUCAAACGAGCUCGCGGACGUCCUCCUCUUUCAGAAGAAGUCAAAGCCGCCCGGGCGGCAGAGAGAGAGAAAGUCAAGGCGGAGAAGGCUGCCAAGGCCGCUGCCGCGAAGGAGCAGAAGAUGGCGAAGGCUGCUGCGGCUAAGGCCGAGAAGGCGGCGAAAGCCAAAGAGAAGGCGGCUAGGGAAGCGAAGAAAACGCGGUCCAAGAGCAGAGGUGCGUCGGUGACGCCAGAGUCCGAAGACGUGGAGCACAGCGGCAUCUCCCCAGACGCCAAGCCAAACGCGAUCGCGGUUGACUCAGCCUUCCUCGGCCGUCCCAUGGGCCACGCUCGCAGGGGAGGUGACAGACGCGGAGAUGCUACCCGAGGAUCCGUCGAUGAUCGACCAGCUAGAGACUAGCAGCGUUGCACCCGCUGAAGAGGUUCGAACUCAAGGGUCGUUACCUGGGACUUCCAGAACGAAUAAAGACCGUCAUCCCGAGCAGGCACUGGUCGUUCCGCCCUCAUCGCCGCCUCGCGAAGAUGUCUUCACGCGUGAUUCAGACGGAGAAGGGGAGGUCCAGAACACCGACGCCGCUCUUGCCACAAGCGAUCCACCUAACCCUCUGUUCUUGGAGAGCGAGACGCAACACCAAUACCCGACCAAUACGCAAGCCGUUGCUCUGACUAAGGCAUUGGGGAAGCCUCCUUUGCCAGUGUCGCAAAUUGAAUCCGAGUCUUCAAGCAGUGAUAACGACAGCGACGAGCAGCCGCUGGCCAGGGUGCAGUCAGGAGCAGAGCUGCCGAAAGCCAGUACAAAGCUCGUUGGGAAGCCAGUCACGCUCACCCGGCCCUCACGGCUCAGCCAGAGCGUCAAGGGCCUAAAUCAGCUUUUCACGCAGCAUCAGAACAACGGCCUGUUCAGCCAGCCGCAGGUAGGGCUGCUUACGCCUUCAUCGGAGACCGGCUCGCGUGGGCAGGUCACAGCUGCCCGACAGGAGGAAGAAGAGGAGGAAGAUGAAGAGGAGGAGGAGGAGGAGGAGGAGGAAGAUGAUGACUCUGACGACCCGGAUGCGGCGCCGAAGACAAGCUCGCAUAUUCCGAAGGGGCGACGUGCUGGAAGUACGCUUCCCCAGACUACGAGAAGAAAGUCCGGGCUUGCGCUCUUUGCGUGAUCUUUCAAUAUUGUUGUUUGUUUGCAUUGUUUCAUCGUCGUUAUCGUCCACCUAGUCGCACUCACGUUUAUUUUACCAUGCUUAAUCUGCCCGUAUCCCUCUGCACCGAACUUCGCCUCAGCACUCAUACCCGCAUUGCUGCUCCAUCUGUAUGAAACUUCACAUUUUCC